AUGAUGCUCUCAACGCUCCGAGUUGUUACCCGGCAAGCCGCCCGUCGGCCUGCCUCCAUCAAUGUUGCCGCCAUUCGGGCUGCAUCCACCUGGUCGACAGUUCCCCAGGGUCCUCCUGCUAUUCUUGGAAUCACCGAAGCUUUCAAGGCCGACAAGUCCGAGAAAAAGAUCAACCUGGGCGUUGGCGCAUACCGAGAUGACCAAGGCAAACCCUACGUCUUGCCAUCUGUCCGUGAGGCAGAGCAGAAGGUCAUCGACAACAAGUUGAACAAGGAAUACGCCGGCAUCACUGGCGUACCCGAAUUCCCUGCCCUGGCUGCUAAGCUCGCCUAUGGCGCCGAUUCACCCGUCCUUGACCGUGUCGCUAUCACCCAGUCCAUCUCUGGCACUGGCGCCUUGCGCAUUGGAGCCGCUUUCUUGCAGCGAUUCUUUCCUGGUGACAAGAAGAUAUACAUCCCCACUCCUUCGUGGGCCAACCACAAGGCCGUAUUCAGUGAUUCCGGUCUUGAGGUCCAGCAGUAUCGCUACUACAACAAGAACACCAUCGGCCUCGACUUUGAGGGCAUGGUUGCGGACAUCAAAGCUGCCCCCAAGGGGAGCAUCUUCCUCUUCCAUGCUUGUGCACACAACCCCACUGGUGUCGACCCGACUGCUGAGCAAUGGAAACAAAUUUCCAACGUCGUGAAGGAGCAAGGCCAUUUCGCCUUCUUUGACAUGGCCUACCAGGGCUUUGCCAGUGGCAACACUGACAAGGAUGCCUUUGCUGUGCGCCAUUUCGUUGAGCAGGGCCACCAGAUCGCUUUGUGUCAAUCCUUUGCCAAAAACAUGGGUCUCUACGGUGAACGUGUUGGAGCCUUCUCCCUUGUCUGCGCUGACGCUGCUGAGAAGAAGCGCGUCGACUCUCAGCUCAAGAUUCUUAUCCGUCCUCUGUACUCCAACCCUCCCAUCCACGGUGCCCGAAUCGCAACCGAAAUCCUCAGCAGCCCUACGCUCUAUAAGCAGUGGCUCGGUGAAGUUAAGGGCAUGGCUGACCGCAUUAUUACCAUGCGAGCGCUCCUGAAGGAGAACCUCGAGAAGUUGGGCUCCAAGCAUGAUUGGUCCCAUAUCACCAGCCAGAUUGGCAUGUUCGCAUAUACAGGCAUGACUGCUGAGGAGAUGGAUCAGCUUGCCAAGGAGUUCUCCGUCUAUGCCACCAAGGAUGGUCGCAUUUCUGUCGCCGGCAUUACCACCGACAACGUUGGCCGACUUGCCGAGGCCAUCUACAACGUCAAGGGCUAA